AUGUCCAGAAAGCCACAUAUUCAGAUCCGUUGUACUGUGCAGCCAAUGUUGGAAACAAUGCAGAUAGUUAAGGACAGCCACCUGGAGUUGCUCCGGAAAACUCCAUUUGGGCCAUUGUUAGAAGCAUUUCGCAAUGGCACAAUUACCAAAUCACAUUGUAAAGAUUCUCACACUCCCAUACUAAAAUUGAUCCAAACUUUUAAUCCAGAGACCACAAGUUUUCAGUUUGGUUCUAGAGAUGUUGCUAUAAGUACCAAAGACAUCUCUCAGAUUCUUGGACUGUCUCAACAUGGUGAAGCGGUUCUAUUCAGGGCUCUGGGUCCAAAUAGAUCAUACAAAUCGGAUUUCACUGGGAGAUAUUUCUUGAGAGAAAAGAAGCCACGGAACCGCAAAUUGAUACACAGUCUACUGAUAAAUUUACUGAAUGGGAACGAACGAACAGAUAUAGAAGAUGUAGUACGUCUUACCCUCAUGGAGUUGUUCAUUACUUUCCUGUUUGCUCAACCACAAAUUUCCUGGGAUCUAAUGAAAUAUUGUGAGGACUUUGAAAACCUUUCAAAAUAUUCAUGGGCAGAUGCAGUGCGAGAGUUCUUAAAUAAGUCUUUGAAAGUCCUGAACAAAUUUGAUAUUUAUGGAUGCGGGCUUCUUAUACCAUUUUGGUUGUGUGAAAAAACAAAUAUCAUCCAACCAAUCAGUGGGAGGGAGGUAGUUGAGGGACAUGUACCAACCCUAAUCAAAUGGAGCCUUCCAGAGCUCAACACCAAAAUGCAACAAACAGCUAUCUGUGCUAUUCAGGUGCGAAUUGAACUUCAGCCUUUCUUCAAGGUGCAAGAUGGCGUUAAAGAGGGAAUAAAUGGUGAAAGUGAAAUACAAGAGCACAAGGAAGGAGAAGUCGAUCAAGAUGAGCUAAAGAAGGUGGAGAUUAAGGGAAGGAUCAAGCAAACAAUUACAGGAAGAGGUAGAGGAAAGAAGAGAGCUCCAACACAACGAUGAACUAUCUCAUGUGAAAGAACAAUUUGUACGAAGGGGAUGGAAAGAUGGAGAUCAAUAAAACUGAUCAGCUGAACUUUCAAAGUCCCUCUGUUGCAAUUCUACCCAGUCCAAGGGAUGAAAUUGAGGUAUUUCAAAUUGGGCAUGAAAUGAGGUCUCCACGAAAAGGAACUACAGUAACCGUUAGAAAGAAGCAGCUGGAUCCAGAUUAUGUGUGUGAUGCAGUGCCUAACAAUAAAAAAGCAAAAAAUCAACAUGCUCUAUCUGAUCCAACUCGUGCAGUACCUUCAAGGUCAAUUCAGGUUCCUGCCGGCAAGAAAGAUGAACCCAUAGUAAUAAUUGAGGACAGUUCUGCUUCAGUAGAAGAGGAGAGCCCUAGGAAAAGGAAACGCUCUAGGAAA